AAGGAUGGGAGCCGUGACUAUAGGGUCUCCUGUUCCCGGGGUGGAGUGUUCAGAUCCCGGUUAGGUCUUCGGUCAGCAUCACCCGCUGGACAUUGAGCGUCUUACCCUUGUCACCCGGGGCUAGGUCACCACUUGCAUUUUGUCCUGCAGCCUGUGGUUUGUUUAGGGGUCUCCGUUAUAUCCUACUUUCUCUCCAGAGACUUGUUUUGGGUUUUUGCCACGAUCACUAGAAGCAUUCAGUCAAUACAAACUACUUAGUAAUGUAUUCAUAGUGGGGCCAAGAAGUUUUCUUUCUUUUUUUUUAAACAGCCACGCAUCCACUGCAGUUCUUGAUUCUUGCUUUACAGAUAUUCUUUCUAGAGUCUCCAGUGUCACCGAGCAGAUCUAUAGGAGAAUAUGCAGAGGGAGCAUUUGCAGCAUCCCAUGAAUCAGUGGAGAGGGUGAAUGAGAACAGCUAGUGUGCCAAGAAUAUCUGCAGUGCUAGUGGCAGGAGACGGAGGGGAAGAGGCGGCAAGUGUAGGAGACAGACAGGAUCAGUCUCAUUGUGGUUCUCUCUUAGCUCAGCAGGUUCUUACUUUUCCAAACCUAGAGGGCAGUGCAUGAAGCCAGGAGUCAUCAGCCAUGCUCCAGACAGUGUGGUUCCAGGGUUUGAGCAGGAACCUGUUGUUUCAGGAGCCAGUGACCUUUGAGGAUGUGGCUGUGUACUUCACCCAGAAUGAAUGGGCCAGCCUGCACCCUAUGCAGCGGGCCCUGUACAGGGAGGUGAUGCUGGAGAAUUAUGCAAAUGUGACUUCCUUGUCAGCAUUUCCAUUCUCCAAACCAGAUCUGAUAUUCCAGCUGGAGCAAGGAGAAGCAGCAUGGGGCCCAGAUCCCUGGACACUUGCUGGGGGAGAGGCCCUGAGAGGCAUGUGCACAGGUGGUAAAACCAAGACUAAGAAUGAGGAACAAACUGCACAGCUAAACAUUUCUAAAGAAUCAGAGUCCCACAGACUGAUAGUGGAGGGACUGCUGAUGAACAUUCCCCAGCACCCUGACUUCAAGGACAGGUUAGAGAAGUCACAACAUGAUACAGGGAAGAAAACAAAUAUAGGGGAUUGCACAGAUUUGACAGUCCAGGAUUAUAAAUCUUCCACCAUUGAAAGGGAGGAGAUAGCCAGGAAAUUGGAAGAAAGUAGUGUCAGCACACAUCUCAUUACAAAGCAAGACUUUGCCAAAGAACAGGUGUUUUAUAAAUGUGGUGAGUGUGGCAGUUACUACAACCCACAUUCAGACUUUCACCAGCAUCAGAGAAUUCACACUAAUGAGAGGCCCUACACAUGCAAAGAAUGUGGGAAAACCUUCAGAUACAACUCAAAACUGUCAUGGCAUCAGAAAAUCCACACUGGAGAGAAACCAUACUCAUGUGAGGAAUGUGGACAAGCCUUUGGUCAAAAUUCCCACCUUUUUCAGCAUCAGAAGCUCCAUGGUGGACAGAGGCCCUAUGAAUGUACUGACUGUGGGAAAACCUUCAGCUAUAAUUCAAAACUGAUUGAGCAUCAGAGAAUCCAUACUGGGGAGAAGCCCUUUAAAUGUAAGGAAUGUGGGAAAGUCUUCAGGUGUAGCUAUGACUGCAUCAUCCAUGAACGAAUUCACACUGGGGAGAAGCCCUAUGAAUGUAAGGAGUGUGAGAAGAGUUUGAGUUCUAAUUCAAUUCUGAUUCAGCAUCAGAGAAUCCACACUGGGGAGAAACCUUAUGAAUGUAAAGAGUGUGGCAAGGCCUUCCACCACAGUUCAGUAUUUCUUCAGCACAAGAGGUUCCACACUGGGGAACAACUCUACAAAUGUAAUGAAUGUUGGAAAACUUUCAGUUGUAGCUCCCACUUCAUAGUGCAUCAGAGAAUCCACACUGGGGAGAAACCCUAUGAAUGCCAGGAAUGUGGGAAGACAUUCAGUCAGAAGAUCACUCUGGUUCAGCAUCAGCGAGUUCACACUGGGGAGAAACCUUAUGAGUGUAAGGAGUGUGGGAAAGCCUUCAGAUGGAAUGCAAGUUUCAUUCAGCAUCAGAAGUGGCAUACUAGAAAGAAACUCAUCAAUGGAACAGGGCUAUCUGCAGUUAAGCCCUACUGCUCCUCCGCUGUCCUCUCUCCUCUGCCUCCCCAACAUGCCUGCUCUACCCCAGCCCCACCAGGGCCUCCCUUAUCUUCUUCACAUGCCGUGGUACUUCCUCCCUCUUUGCCUUUCUUCCUGCUGCUUCCCUCAUCUGAAAAGGCCAGUCCUUCACCUGUCCAAAUAGUACAUUUCUUUCAGGAUCUCGCUUCUUCUGGGAAGUCAUCCCCUCAUAGCCCAAAUCCUUUGUCUCACUCCCUGUAAGCCCCCUUAUGUUCUCAACAUCAAUUGCACAUCAAGUUAGGGAUUCCACUGGUCUCCUGAUUGUGUCUAUUGAUAUUCCUCUGGUCUUGUGUUGUAUAAAUUGUUACUGUUUUCCUAACUUCAUUUUAAGUUCUCACACUUAAGGACCAUGUUUGAUUAGUUUAUUUUAUCCCCCAGGUAGGAAAUGGCAGCACUUAAUUCCUUAUCAUGUUCACAUUUGGGCUGUAUUAUCAGUCUGCAUCUUCUGGAGCUACUGGAGUUGGAAGAAUUUGCAGAACAUUUUGGGGUUUUUAUGAUUAUGAUGACAUGGGGCAUUAUAAUUAGAGGCUAGGAGAAAUGCAAAGCCUAUGGGAGAAGAUAAUCAGAUAAAGUUUCCAAUGAUUGCUUUCA